AAAGGAGGGAGUCGUUGUCCUCGGAUGAGUCCUCGUUCACCGUUUCCACCACCCGUUUCCACCCAUCCCGUGCUCUCCCCCUCGGCUUCAAAACAGAAACACACAGAAACAGCCAGUGGUGAAACAGAAGUGACCAGAGCUCUGCCUCAGACGCACUCCACACCUCCAUUCCCAUUGUUUGUUUUUAUUAAUUCACCCUCGAGUGAUUAAUGAGAGCACUCCUGAGAUCCGUUGGCGUAAGGUCCACGUGACAAUCGGAUAAACUGUGAAAAGUGACGGGAAAUUUGUAACAGCGAGUGAUGACGAAAGACAUUCGAUGGGAUUGAGCUCUGGCACCGGAGAGUGGGAAAAAUCCGGAAAAAUUAAGGACAAACGGUGCCUCAAACAGGGAGUGGGGGGUUUUUUUUUGCCGGCGAUUUUGGUGCUCGGGGUCUAGUGAUGCGACUGAUCGACGAUGUAAUGCAUCUGGGCCUCGAUCUGGCUGAUAGAUUUGGGGACAACUGGAUACACCAGUCUGGGGGCACAAGGUACUCGUGAUACGCUACUGGACGAGGUUGCGGGGCCCCGGGGACUUAUCGCGAUGUACGCGGUCCCAACUCCGGCCCUCGCGAUCCUCUGUAUCAUGCUGGUAGACGCGUGGCCACUACAUCCGCUGCCGCCUCACGAAGGAAUCGUCAAGCGAACAUUUAUUGGGCAUUAUGGGCCCGCUUGGUACGAUCAUACGGCCCUCAGGGAGCGCAGAAGGUCCAGAAGGGCCGCCGACGACGACAGGGAUCAGGCACUUGUGCUCAGUCUCCAUGCACUUGAUAGAACAUUCACCAUGCGGCUCACCCGAGACACCAGGAUCUUCGCCGAAGACGCUGUAUUCGAGGGAACCAAUGGGCCCAUUUCCUUCGACCCAGUGCACUCCUACGUCGGCACGAUCGAAGAGGAUGAGAAUGCUGUGGUGGAGGGAAUCGUAACGGCUGACGGUUUGUUCGAUGGUUCGGUAUCAACUCAACUGGAGGAGUACUAUUUCGAGCCGACGAGUAGGUACUUGGCUCGGAGUUCACCCAAUCGAAACAAUGAGGACCAAGUGAUCGAUACAUCACCAGCUUACCACACGAUAGCAUAUCGAGCAUCGGACGUCGUCAAUCCCAAGUCCGGGAAACAGUGUGCCAGUCAGAAUCUCCGCUAUGGAAAUUUGAGCUUCAGUCAUUCUGGGGAGCAUCAACAGGGUCACCAUGAUGAUGGGGGAUCGUUCGAGCCGUAUUUCGAGCAGCUGCAGGACCACAAAAUCAGGAAUUAUGGGGGUUAUUACUCCAGAGAAGGGAAGAAAAGCGGUAACUCAGGACUGACGAGCGACAGAAACAGGAUAACGAGGCAUCUCCACAAACGAGCAACAGUAGAUCCGAAGAAGACCACCUGCAUGCUCUAUCUCCAAGCUGAUCAUCAAUUUUUCUCACGGUAUGGCACUGAGGAGGCCUGCAUCGAAGUAAUGACAAGGCACGUACAACGAGUCAACUCAAUCUACAAACACACUGACUUCAACCAAGAUGGCAGGCCCGAUAACAUAAGUUUCAUGAUAAAACGUGUCAAGGUGCACAGCGGCGAGGCACUCAAGGACCCCAACUACAGGUUCCCCGGGAAUUACGGGGUUGAAAAGUUUCUCGAACUUUUCUCAGAGGAGGACUAUGACGCCUUUUGUUUGGCGUACAUGUUCACGUAUCGAGACUUUGAGAUGGGAACGCUGGGACUCGCUUGGACUGGGGACUUGAAGAAUGCUGGGGGUGUUUGUGAGAAGAAUGGGCAUUACCGUGGGAGUAUGAAAUCCCUGAACACAGGUAUCGUGACGCUGUUAAACUAUGGAAAGCACGUGCCACCUGCUGUUUCCCAUGUGACCCUUGCACACGAGAUUGGCCAUAAUUUUGGAUCACCACAUGAUCCAGAGCAGUGUACACCCGGUGGUGAGGACGGUAACUUUAUAAUGUUUGCACGUGCUACUAGCGGAGAUAAACGCAACAAUAAUCGCUUCAGUCCGUGCAGUUUAAAUGCGAUAAAUCCAGUAUUGAAUACCAAAGCGAGAUCACCCAAGGGAUGUUUCACUGAGCCACAGGCAUCUCUCUGUGGGAAUGGAGUCGUAGAGGAUGGGGAGGAAUGCGACUGCGGCUGGGAAGAGGACUGCAGGGAUACCUGUUGUUUUCCACAGAGAAGAUAUCCUCCGGCUGAGGGAAAACCCUGCACUCUCACCCCGAGGGCAACAUGCAGCCCUAGCCAAGGGCCGUGCUGUACCAAUGAGUGCAAACUCAGAUUUGGAGACAAGUGCAGAGAAGACAAUGGCUGCAGGGAUGCCAGUUUCUGCGAUGGCAGAACUCCACACUGUCCACCCUCCAUUAAUAAACCUAAUAAGACUAUUUGUAAUGAGGAAUUCGUCUGCUUCAUGGGGGAAUGCACUGGGAGUAUUUGUUUGGCGUUCGGUCUAGAAUCCUGUCAAUGCAUACCAGGACCCAACGAUCCACCAACGAAAGCAUGUGAGCUGUGCUGCCGUCUGCCCGGUGAAAAUCAGCCAUGCCUUUCCUCUUUCGAUUGGAAUUCUCCGCCCUACGACAUCCCGGAUAAAUUUGCCAAGCCUGGAACACCGUGCAAUGAUUACAACGGAUACUGCGACGUAUUCCAGAAAUGCAGGGAAGUUGAUCCCAGUGGACCACUGGCAACUCUACGCAAAUUACUCCUGUCGGAUGAGAGUCUUGCCACGUUCAGACGAUGGGUUACUGAGCAUUGGUAUGCUGUUGCUCUGCUUAUCCUAGGGACCAUCUCGCUUCUCAUGGCGAGCAUCCGUUACCUGGGCAAACGUCCAGACCUGAAGCUGAAAUCAGUAACGAUAAUCCACAGCUCGACAACGGAAACAGUGAGACUGCCACCUGAGGGUGCUGAGGGUGUGACAGUUCAUCCGCCAGCGGUGCGAGCAAAGCUGCCCCUCAGCAGAAAAGUCCGAGAAAAGCGUCACCACGCUAAGCAACACACAUCUAGACCCGACAAAACGACGAAGACACACCCAAGCAGCAAUAAGAAGCCUAAUAAAAAAAUAAUGAUACAGAAGAAGAAGAAAAAGAAGAAAAAACGUGUGGCCCCAAUAUUCAUCGAGGGAGCAGGUGGCAAGGGGGUGGUGGAGGCACCCCACAACUGUCCCCUUGGUGGUAAUGAAAUUAAUAUGCCCGCAGUGGGAGAAAUUGUGGGGUCAUUGACCGAGGAAGUGGUGAAAGAAGAGAGAAAAAGUCCCUCGAAACCAGUGAAGAAUAUGAAGAAACGAAAGAGCAAAGAAGUCAUUGAUUAUUCGCAAGCGCAGGCUGACAAAGUCGACAAAGUGGAAAACGUUGUGGUGGCUGACAAUGCUGAUCCCAAGAGUAAAGUACGAUCCUGGUUGUUAGCUUCCUCAUCCCACUGCAGGAUCGAGCCCCUCACCAAGAGUAAGUCGACACCCGCUGGUUUGACCACUGGGGCUGGCAUCACCAGUCCAAAUCGCCUCACUGCCAUCACAAAACCCAGGAGACGAGCAGAAGCCAAUCGCACCACUGCUGCUUUCGCCAGGGAUCCCAAGAACGAUCGCGUUCGACUGCAGAUCGUUUACAAACCGCCAUUUAAAUUCUGCGUUAGACUGAAGAAAGCCGAGAAAAUUGGACAAUCCAGCAAUCCACGUAUUCAUAGUCGUAAUCCACCGAGGACUGCUGUACUCGUUAGGACUUCCAAUAAGAAGGAGAAGUUUAGGAUAGGAGGCAAGGCCAGUGCCAAUGGGGGCAAUUCUGGGGUGCCAAUGGAGUCUUCCAAUACAGCCAAUUCUGAUCUUCACACUGUGCCCUCUGAUCUUGAGGUACUACUUUCUGAAAGUGAAUUCCUGUUUUCUGAGUGAUUUAAAAAAUUUUUUUUUCCUUCCUUUUUGGAACAACGAGCAGUUUGGGAUGUCUUGUCAAUUGUACAGGACUUUUUUAUGGUGUGGGGCAGAAAAAUUUGGGGAUUUAUGAAUUUACGGUACUGACGAUUGAAAUGGAAUUUGUAUGAAGUUACGCAACGAGAGAGAGGAUGACAAGUCCAUUUGUUUUCUACCAGAGUUUUUUAGGAAAUUUUUUUAAUCUACGAGAGAGAGCGAAAUUUUGUGAAGAUCUUUUUUCUAGAGCGAAUCGAGAGUUACAGAAAAUUUCUACAAGUUUCAAACGUCAAUGACUCGGAAAAAGUAAAAGCAAUGGAGAAAACAUGUGGAGAGCUUCAUUGCAAUAAUCCAUGACAUUUAAAACUCGUAGUAUUUUUUCUUUAAAGAAUCAUUGCCGAUAUCUUCUAAUUUUUCAAGUUUUUUAGAAAUUUCCGC